AUGUCAACGGUGCUUGGCGUCCUCGUGGUCUUGGCUUUGUGUUUGGCCCUGUUGCGCUUCUUUGCGGCGGAUGUCUAUGAUCUGGUCAUCGUGUGGAUGACGGCUAGAUGGUACCAGGCUGUCUUUCAAAGACUGAACAAGGGCGAUCGACUCCUGGAUGUCGGUAUCGGAACGGCUUCCGCCCUGGUGCGGAGCAAGGCGGAGAUGCUGACCCGGCGAGUCUCGGUCGUAGGGAUCGACUACGAGGCGGCCUACGUCCGCAAGGCCGAGGCCGUGCUGAAGGCCUCGGGGCUUUGGCAGGCGGUGCCCGCCGGCACUGAGGGCUACCGGCCCGGGGAGUUCUACUGUCAUGUGCUGGAGCGCUCCAUCUAUGACAACCUGAAUGACCUUUGCCUUCAGGUCGGCGAUGAACCCUUCAGAGGCGAGGUCCCUUCGGAAGUUCCGGAGGACCAGAGGUUCGACGCAGUUUAUUUCUCGGGCUCCUUUUCAGUCUUGCCUGAUCCACCGGCGGCCCUUGAAGCAGUCCUACCGCUGAUGAAGCGCGACGGGCGAGUCUUUCUAACACAGACAUUCCAGAAGGCACCCUCGCCUAUGCUGGCUUGUCUAAAGCCCCUGGCAAAGUACAUUACGACAAUCGACUUUGGCCAGCUCAUUACGGAGGUGGAAAUUGAGAGGCUUAUCUCGAGCGCCAAGAGUUUUGAAGUCCUGGAGAACAGGCCCAUCCCCGGCUCCAUUGACACACAACUACAAACAGCGAGACUAAUCAUCCUGAAGCCAAAGCCGAAGAAGCCAAAGGCCUAG